AUGGAAAGGGGAAAUACAUUUGAUCCAAAGUGGCACAGUGCGCUUUGGUUUGCCAUGUUGUUGAUAUUCUUCAUAUUUCAAGGCGCCAGUCCUGAGAUAACGUGCAGGUCGUGUCAGGUUGGAAAUAGGGGUGUUGCGCGGGAAUUGUUGCUAAAAUUUGUCACAAACGAAAAUCUGACAGGAUUUAAGGAAGUUGAUGGACGCAGUUUUGAGACUGGGAGGUCCCGGGAUGAAAGUGGCAGAACUCCACGGCUCCGUCGCGCAUCUUCGCCCGCUGAACGCGCUCCAGACUCGGGGGACGCGUCGAGGCUUUCACGGAAUACAGAAACGCAGCGCUCAAAUGAACAAAUCACCAAGAACCACUUUUCGGCGAUCAAAGUUCCACGAUACGACCGUGAUGGCGGUGCGAAUAAAGAACGCGGGAGAAGAGUUGGACGCCAGGCUUCUGGUGGCAGAGUGACGCGCUCUGAACUGCGCUGGACCAGUGAGGAGAGGAGAGCCGGCGGAGCCAGGCAAGGCGAGCUCAAACUUAACAGCUCCACCUUUGCCUUGACCGGGGAUUCAUCUCACAACCAAGCUAUGGUGCACUGGUCCGGCCAGAAUAGCAGCGUGAUUUUGAUGCUGACCAAAUUAUUUGAUUUCAACCUCAACAGUGUGACUGAGAGUUCAUUAUGGAGGUCGACUGACUAUGGAGCAACAUACCAGAAGCUGAAUGACAAAGUUGGAGCAAAGACAAUACUCAGUUAUUUGUACGUGAGCCCAAACAACAAAAGAAAGAUUAUGCUCUUAACGGAUACUGAAGUGGAGAACAGUCUUCUUAUAAGUUCUGAUGAAGGAGCAACAUACCAGAAGUAUCGGCUGGACUUCUAUAUCCUCAGCCUGCUCUUCCAUCCUGAGCAAGAGGACUGGAUUCUGGCUUAUAGUCAUGACCAAAAGCUCUACAGCUCAGUGGAGUUUGGGAGAAGGUGGCAACUGGUGCACGAGAGAGUCACUCCAAAUCGUUUUUAUUGGUCAAAAAUGGGUUUGGACAAGGAGCCAGGUUUGAUUCACCUGGAAACAACCAUUGCUAAAGGACAUGCAAUGUAUGUCACCUGCAAGCUUCAGAACUGCACGGAUGCCAACAAGCGCAAACCGUUCCCAGGAUAUAUUGACACCAAUUCUCUAGUUGUUCAAGAUGAGUAUGUGUUUGUCCAGGUGUCAACUACAGGGAAGACAAUCUACUAUGUGUCUGCCAAAAGAGAUGUCUUUUCACCAAUGAAAUUGCCAAAGUACACACUGCCCAAGGACUUGCAUGUUAUCAGUACAGAUGAAAACCGUGUUGUGGCAGCUGUACAGGAGUGGAACCAAAAUGAAACAUACAAUUUGUACGUGUCUGACACAUCAGGCAUCUAUUACACUCUGUCUUUGGAGAAUGUUGUCAGUAGCAUGGGUCCUGAAGGAAAUGUUAUGGUUGAUCUAUAUGAGGUGGCAGGCAUAAAAGGCAUGUUCUUGGCCAAUAAAAAGACAGAGAAGCAAGUAAAGACUCACAUUACCUACAACAGAGGAAGAGAUUGGAGGUUGUUGCAGGCCCCAAGCAAAGACCUGCGAGGCAAUAGCAUACACUGUAUGCCACCAUAUUGUUCAUUGCAUCUUCAUCUUCAUGUCUCUGCAAAUCCCUACACAUCUGGAAACAUCGCAAGUAGGGACUCAGCACCUGGGAUCAUUGUGGCAUCAGGUUCCUUUGGUUCUGAGCUCUCCACCAGCAAUAUUAGUGUAUACAUAACCUCGGAUGCAGGCAACACAUGGAGACAGAUCUUCAAUGAGGAAUAUGCAGUUCUCUAUCUUGACCAAGGAGGAGCCUUAGUUGCAAUAAGACACACCCCACUUCCCAUCCGACACUUGUGGUUAAGCUUUGAUGAAGGACGACAGUGGAACAAGUACAGCUUCACCAGCACACCUCUAUUCAUGGAUGGUGUGCUGGGAGAGCCAGGGGAAGAGACACUAAUCAUGACGAUAUUUGGCCACGUCAGCCAUCGCUCAGAGUGGCAGUUAGUGAAAAUUGACUUCAGAUCCAUUUUCAACAGAAGAUGCACAGAGGAAGAUUAUCAGACUUGGCACCUUCACAAUCAGGGGGAGCCCUGUCUUAUGGGAGUGAAAAGAAUUUAUAGGAAGCUGAAGCCUACAUCCAGGUGUGUGAUGGGAAAGGUGUACUCCGUUUUAAUGUCGUCAGGUCCUUGUGACUGCACGGAGGCUGACUUUGAAUGUGAUUACGGUUACGAGCGACGGACGGAUGGCAAGUGUAGUCCUGCCUUUUGGUUCCAUCCAUCAGUGAUGUCCAGGAGUUGCACCACAGGGAUGACCUUCUUGAACAGCACCGGCUACAGGAAGGUGGUCUCAAACAACUGUACAGCUGGAGUCAUUGUGGAAUACACAGCCAAGAAGCAGCAGUGUACCAUGCAAGCACCCAAAGGUCUUCACCUGGUUACCAGUGGGGGUACACUAUCGGCUGUAGUGGGCACCAAUGUCACCUUCCUCAUUUUUCUGGAGCAUGGUGACGCAGCACAAACAAGCAUCACCCUGGAGUUCGGGGACGGUCACGCCCUAACGUAUUCCAAUCUCAGCUCCAUUGAGAAUGGGAUCAAACACAUCUACAAAAACGCAGGGAUCUACCGGGUUACUGCUCUGGGGGAAAACAAGCUUGGCACAGAAACUGCUAUUCUUUAUCUGCACAUUAUAUGUCUACUGGAAUCCUUACAUCUCUCCGCUCCAUUUGUUGCUGUGAAGAAUAAGAAAGUGAACCUGACAGCGAUCCUGUGGCCUAGCCAAGUGGGAACAGUCACCUAUAUCUGGUGGAUUGGAAAUAGCACUGAGCAGCCCAUAAUUACCCUUGAGCCAAGUCUGACGUGUACAUUUUCCCAGGAAGGAAUCAGCACAGUCACUGUUCAGGUGUCUGCAGGGAAUAUUAUUCUGCAGGAGAGAAAGGCCAUUUCAGUCCACGAAUAUUUCCAGUCUCAUUUACUGGCUUUUUCUUCAAACCUGGACGAACACAAUCCGGAUGUUCCAGAAUGGAGGUUGGAUAUGAGUAGGGUCAUCAAAAAUUCACUUAUCCAGGCCACAGGUGUAAGAUGGGAUCAUCUUCUUGUCACAGUACUCCCAGGUUUGCCAACAACAGCAGAGGUUUUCCUCCUGCUUGACAAACAGCUUAAUGGAGUGGAUCACAAGAAGAAAUCUGCACAUUUAAAUCAGCUCUGUGAGAUGAUGCUGAAUGCCUUGAAUCAAAAUCUGGUUCAGUUCACCCUGCGGCCUGGGGUCCAGGUCACAGUCUACGCAGCACACCUUUCAGCAGCACCCCUAGUGGACAGCAGUGAGAACCACAAUACCCCUGCCAUGCUGAUGCUGCUGUCAGUUGUGGUUGGAGGUUUAGCUGUAUUUGUCAUCUAUAAAUUUAAGAGGAAGAUCCCAGGCCUCAACGUCUAUGCGCAGAUGCAGAACGAAAAGGAACAAGAAAUGAUCAGUCCAGCUACUCCAACAGAGGCUACGCCCAGCUCCAAGCAGGACGUGGAUCAUUCUGUGGAGACUUUGGACACAGCGUUCAACCCACAGCAUAUUGGAUGUAAGAAACCUGAUGUUUAUGUGAAAUUCUCCACAGAACUCCCCACGUAUGUCGUCUAA